GUGACCCAACAGUCAACCCCUGAAAAAGGCGGUCACAAAACCCCCAGGCGACGAAGAUGAUGGCACGUCGGGACCCCAAAUCUUGGGCCAAGAGGCUGGUGAGAGCCCAGACCCUCCAGAAGCAGCGGAGGGCCCCAGUUGGGCCAAGGGCUCCCCCGCCCGAUGAAGAAGAUCCCAGGCUCAAGUGCAAAAACUGCGGGGCCUUUGGCCACACGGCCAGAAGUACCAGGUGCCCCAUGAAGUGCUGGAAGGCAGCCCUGGUUCCAGCGACCUUGGGGAAAAAGGAAGGGAAGGAAAACCUGAAACCAUGGAAGCCCCAGGUUGAAGCCAACCCGGGGCCCUUGAACAAGGAUAAGGGAGAGAAGGAAGAGAGACCAAGGCAACAAGACCCGCAGAGGAAGGCUCUCCUCCACAUAUUUUCUGGGAAACCUCCAGAGAAGCCGCUGCCGAAUCGAAAAGGAUCCACGGAAUCUUCUGAUUAUCUGAGGGUUGCAAGCGGGCCAAUGCCGGUCCACACAACCAGUAAGAGGCCGCGCCUGGGCCCUGUCCUCGCUGAUCGCUCAGCUACCGAAACGUCUGACAGGGGCUCCGUCUUGGCUUCGCCGUCUCCCCUCAGAAAAGCCAGUCUGAGCUCCUCCUCAAGUCUUGGACCAAAGGAAAGACAGACAGGGGCUGCGGCCGACAUCCCUCAGCCUGCAGUCAGGCAGCAGGGCCCCGAGCCUCUCCUCGUGGUGAAGCCGACACACAGCAGCCCUGAGGGUGGCUGCCGAGAAGUUCCCCAGGCUGCCUCCAAAACCCACGGCCUGCUCCAGGCCAUCAGACCCCAGGCACAGGACAAACGUCCUGCGGUGACCUCACAGCCCUGCCCGCCAGCCGCCACACACAGCUUGGGCCUAGGCUCCAAUCUCAGCUUCGGGCCAGGAGCCAAGAGACCUGCCCAGGCUCGGAUUCAGGCUUGCCUGAACUUCCCCAAGAAACCGAGACUGGGUCCCUUCCAGAUCCCCGAAAGCGCCAUCCAGGGAGGUGAGCUGGGGGCCCCGGAGAAUCUCCAACCUCCGCCAGCCGCAACCGAACUUGGACCAAGUACGUCGCCCCAGAUGGGCAGGAGGACACCCGCCCAGGUGCCCAGCGUCGACCGGCAGCCUCCGCACAGCAGACCUUGCCUGCCUACUGCCCAGGCCUGCACCAUGUCCCAUCACCCAGCGGCCAGCCAUGAUGGGGCCCAGCCUCUCACAGUGCUCUUCCGGAGACUGGAAAACGGACGCUGGAGCUCCAGCCUCCUGGCGGCCCCCUCAUUUCACUCUCCUGAGAAGCCGGGAGCCUUCCUCGCUCAGAGCCCUCAUGUGUCAGAGAAGUCUGAGGGUCCCCGUGUUCGUGUCCCACCGAGCGUCCUCUAUGAGGACCUUCAGGUUUCCUCCUCCUCAGAGGACAGCGAUUCUGACCUGGAGUGA